UGACGUUAUACGUACCGGAACCAGAUUGCCGGGGGUCACAGACGGACCGUUUGUGGGGUUCGGCUCGGAGCGGUGAGCUGGGUUUUGUGUUGAAACAUGAGUGAUGCAGAUGAAGUUGCCCAAGCCAGCAUAGAUGAAAAUGAUGCGGCUAAAAGUGAUGCAGACCAAGCACCUACUACUGAUUAUGGAAAAGAGAUCGCAAAAGAAGAUUCAAGUGAAAUCCAACAUCACGAUAUCAGUAGUAAAGCAGGUGUAACUAAGAGCCCUGAAGACCAGGUCCAAAUUCAAGUCAAUAGUGGGCAAAGUGAAGUAAAGGAUCACAUCGGACAAGACCAAGCUCAGUCUAACAGUAGACAAGAUGAAGAUGAGAGUAGCACAGAUAAAGUCCAACCAGGAGCUAACAGUUUUGAAAACAAUGUAACUAAGGUUUCUGGGGACCAAGCCCAUGUUCAAGAGAGCAGUACUGUACAAGGUACAGGGGAAAUCCAAUCUCAAAUUAACAGUAGUGAAAAGGAUAAAGCUAAGAGUGAGACAGGACAAAUCCAAAUUCCUACUAUUGAUGAUGUACACGAUGAAGCCCAGAUUGAGGUGGCCCAAGUUGACGAUCAGAUAACCAGUGGUGAACAAGAAGAAUCUCAGACUGAGGGAGGCCAAGUUGAUGAUCAGAUGACCAGUGGUGAACAAGAAGAAUCUCAGAGUGAGGGAGGCCAAGUUGACGAUCAGAUGACCAGUGGUGAACAAGAAGAAUCUCAGAGUGAGGUAGCCCAAGUUGACGAUCAGAUGACCACUGGUGCACAAGAAGAAUCUCAGAGUGAGGUAGCCCAAGUUGACGAUCAGGUGACCACUGGUGAACAAGAAUCUCAGAGUGAGGUAGGCCAAGUUGACGAUCAGAUGACCACUGGUGAACAAGAAGAAUCUCAGAGUGAGGUAGGCCAAGUUGACGAUCAGAUGACCACUGGUGAACAAGAAGAAUCUCAGAGUGAGGUAGGCCAAGUUGAUGACCAGAUAACCACUGGUGAAGGACAUGAUGAAGCUCAGAGUGAGUUAGGGCAAGUUGAUGAUCAGAUGACCACUAGUGAAGGACAUGAUGAGGCUCAGAGUGAGAUAGACCAAGUUGAAGCUCAGCCUACCAGCAAUGAGCAGGAAGCAGCUCAGAAUGAGUCAGGCCAAAAUAAAAUUAAUAAUGAUGAAAAAGUUGAAGCUAAAAGUGCCACAAACCAAAUGAAACUUCAGGCUAAUGGUGGUAGAGCAGUAGCAGCUAAGACAGCUGUGGGCAAAGUCAAACCAAAGCUAACAGGUGGAAGAGUUGGUAAACUUACUGGAAAGAUAUUCCCGACUUAUAUUGGGAAAAAGAAAAAACUAGCCACGAAAAUUUCUAGAAAAAUAGGUAAAGCCAGCAGUGACCUGUUGCAAGCUAAAAGUGCCUCAGGCCAAGCUCAGACUAAGAGUGUGCUUGCCAAGCUCAAAUCUCAAGCAAAGAGCGUUGGAAAAGAAAAGUUAAAUGUUGUGUCUGCAGAUGAAGUUCAACCUGAAACGACUGAUGAGAAAGAACCAAUGAGCGUUGGAAACAAUGCAAGUGACGCGAAAGAAACUGAAAAUGAGAUAGCAGGUGUGCUCAAUAAAGACCAAUCCCAAGCUGACACAGACUUAACAUGUCCACCUAUGAGUACACAGUCGCCUGUUAGUGGAGGACUGCCUGAAAGCGGAUCUCAUGCUAGUAAGGAGGGAAAACCUGUGACUAUGUUUUGGUGUGAUAUUUGCAAAGUAGUUUGCACAUCUGCACUGAAUCUCCAGAUGCAUUUCCUUGGCUUUAAACACAAAAAGAUUGAAGCAGCCUUAAAAUGGAAUGUUCACACUGAGGAAGGAGGUACUAAAGAUGAAUUUCUAGCUCCUAUGGAGACAAGAACCGUGGAAGAUCACCUCAGCAAAAUGAAGCUAAACAAGGCUGUGCUUGGACUUGACUAUGUGGUUGAAUAUCGUUAUGACCAAAAGACAAAUCCACAAUUUGUCUGUAAACUGUGUUACUGUAAAUCAGAACUCACCUGGUUUCUCCCCCACCUCCUUGGAGCUAAACACAUGGCAAAUUACUUGGAAAAGCAUCAUCCAUAUAUUCUCAAAUAUGAGGGAGAAAAACUAAAACCUUCUGAAUGGAAAGAAUUUGUCUUCACAAAAGCACUGGAAAUUGAAAAAAAGGAUGGCAGAGGAAAGGUGAAGGUUGUCCUAGAGAAAAAUGAUACAAAGACCAAUGAAAAAACUGCUGUAAAAAGAGUUGCAGAAAAGUCUGCUGCAGAGCCAGAAUGUAAAGUUCAGAAGUCUGAAGCUGCUCCAAGUACUGCUACUGGCCCUAGCACAGCUGCUGAGAACACUAAGCCUGAUGAGCAACCCAAGCCUAGCCCAGCCCAGGACACAAAGGAAAAUGAGAACUGGACUGGAAUGUAUCUCUAUCCAGAUGGUCUUCCUAUCAAUCUCCCAGUGGAUCCGAAGCCGCAGCCCCGGCCGGUACUGGCACGUCAGGAAGCCACUGCAACACAUGGAGCAGCUGCCGCAGUUAAUGACCUGUUAAGUGCUAUAGGAUCAAAACUUCUGGAAGAUCACAUCACAAACUCUGAUUUUGAGGAGACUAUAAUAGGGUUGGAUUUUGUGACUGAAUACCAUUAUGUUGGAAAAACUGAACCAUUAUAUUACUGUGAACUGUGCACUUGUGAAUUGCCUCUACAGUGUGUUCUGGCACAUAUCUUUGGACUUAAGCACAAGAUGCGUUAUGUAAAAAAAAGGCAUCCAGAGUUAUUGAAAGUAAACACAGGAAAAUAUAAAACAAUUGUCAAGAAGAAAGCAGCUGAAAUUGAAAAGGUAGAUGGAAGAGGAAGGAUUCGGGUUAUCCGAGAUUAUGAUGGACCUGCACUUAGCGAGAGGAUAGCUGCUGCAAAGAUUGCAUCUGAAGAUGAAAGUCAGCUGCAAGACAUGGAAUACAGCAGUUUUGACCAAGACCAGAGCAUUUACACAGAAACCCCUCGCUCUCCAGAUACGAGAACAAAAAGGUCUUCCGUUAGUACAAGUUCUAAACCAUCCAGCAGAACAAGUUCCUCGAAAGCUGGUUCUCGGUCAGAUUAUAAAUAUUCCCGACGUGACUCCUCAACAAGUAAACGUGACCAGCCUAGGAAAAGAGAAAGCUCUAAAGACAUUAAACGUUCUGGAGAAGAAUGGAGAGAUGAAUGGGAGCGAUCUAUUAAACGGACAAAACCCAGUAAACAAGAUAAAAAAGAAAGAGUGAAAGAGAAAAAUACACAUUCUGACAGAGACAAAGACAGACGGAAAAGCAGAUCGGACUCUAAAGAUGACUACAAGAAAAAAGAGAGGCCCAGGAGCAGUAAAGAUGAUCACCACAAAGGACCUGAGACCAGCAUUCGGGCACCUGCAAAGCCUGACCAUUCCAAACGUGAAGCUAUCAUAAAGAAGGAGAUUUUGAAAUAUUUGACCAGUUUUAAAGUUAUUAAUGAUACUGAUGCUGGAUAUGUCAAGGAGGUUAUGUACAAACUCAGCAAUCGACUUUUGCAGUUUGGUCAAAAGGCCAUGAAGAUCACGGGUUCUGCUGAGAAAUUAAUUCAAGAAACAAAAUCCUAUAUACCAGAUGAAAAUCCUAGACAUGAAUCUCGUAUGGCAAUGAACUUGGGGAGUUACCCAGGUAUCUCUGGCAGGGAUAACAGCAUGCGGCAAUCAGUUGAAUAUUCAUCAUAUCCACCCUCUGGUACUCUAACCAGAAGCUCCUCAAGUAAUCCUACACCUCACCCCAUGGUGCGUAACACUGGUAUGUCAAUGUCAUCGAUACACAGCAACCUCCUGACCCCAUCACUACUGAAUUCUAUUCGUGGAAUGGAUGAGAAUACAAUUACUAAUACUCUCACUAGGCUAGCAGCCAACAACCCUGCAUUUGAAGGUAUUAGGAUUUCAACCUUGGUUACUGUGCUGAGGGAGGCUGGUGUGCUUAGUAAAAGACCAAAUUAAAGAUAUACUACAAUUCAGCGCCCUAUCCAGCUGAUCAUCUACAAGAAAGUACCUGGACAUCUUGGGCAACAGCUACAAAUCAAUUAAAAUUCCUUUUUAAACCUUGUUUAUAAGCUUACAUUAGGGAAAAGGCUUGUUUUGUGCAUUCCAAGAUGUUGAACUGUCAGUUACGUAUGUCUGUAGAACAAAAUUAACUUUUGUGAGUACUGUUGAUUUACAGCUUUGAUGUAGAUCUUUUAAUUCUGGUUGCAACAAAGCUUCAACCUUCUGGAUUUCAAAGUUAGCUGAAGUGUUCUCUAUUUUGUUUGCUGAAAUUGUUAGAAAUGCAAAGAUCAAACAUUUUGAUAGUCAAAAUAGUACUGGCACUGAUCUGAAAGUAGUAGUCCCAACAACAAUGUGCAAAUCUAAUGAGGGAUCCCAUCCGUUAUUUGAAACAAACUCAAACCAUUUUGAUUCGCAACAGGGGAUUGGAGAUCCAGGUAAGUAAAUUAAAUCUUUUGAAUACUGACUGAUCUCUAGGUUCUAGAAGGUACUUAUAUUCUCUUAACACCUUUAAUAAUUUUCACAUUGGCAUCAACAUGUCGCUUAGCACAGGUGCAAGGCACCUGUUGUGAGCUGAUGGCCUCGUUAUUGGAAGUUUUAAUUCAUUCAGUUGAGGGUUUCUUGUGAAUGAUACAAAGCAAAUUAAGAUUUUUUUUAGAGAAACAUAUACUUACCUGUAUCCCCAAAUGUAUGACUAUUAGAAAUCUUGCUUGCUUAAUUUAUCUUGGUCUUCAAUGAACUACAACGAAGAAGAAUAAAGGAACCAUUCAUUUAUUGCUUAAAAUCUGUAAUUGAAAAAAGUGUCGAGUAUUGUAGCCAGGGUUUGUUGAUGUUUUAAAGACUCUAGAACCUUACUGGUGCAAAGUUGUUUGUACUGAAGGGUUAACAUUUUUGCACACAAGUAUUUUCCAUCACCUUAAAUUAGUAUAAUUUUACUGAGCCACUGAUGAGCACAGUCAGUCAUUUCCCAGCAUCCCAAGUAUAAAACACAAUUGCAUUUUUGUGUUUUGAAAACUCAAAAGUUCAAUUUAGUUUUUAACAAUACCUGUUUCAAGAAAUGGCAUUAUGACUUUUUUCAAACUCAUUUGCCAAGAAUUACUUUCAUUUGAAUGCCCGUCUGCCCGUACAGACAGUGACUUUCAAUACAAGUGUAUCUUUUAUUUGUUCUGAUGAAAAAUGUAAUCUUUUUCUUCUGUGUUUUGGGUAAAAUAAAUAUUGUAUGACUGUU